UGUGUUCUGAUUGGCUGGCGGCUCUCGGCUAUAAUCGGCUCUGUUCGCUUCUUCUCGUGUCCAAUCGUAAACUUCCGCCUCCGCUGAUCGGCAAUCUUCGGGCCUUCCCCACUCUGAUUGGCUCUCCCGGGAUGUGCUCGGCUGGCUGUACAGCGCCCUCUGGCGGCUCCUCCGCCCGUCUCCCGGCAUGCAGCGCGCGGUGCGGGACAUGCUCGGCUGGGAAGGGGAAGAGGAGGAGCUCCGGCUGAAGAAGCUGCAAAAAGCCAGAACCCUGGAGGCCAUCGUGAAUGCCCUCGCCAUGUCUGGCGAAUCGGAAGAGGUGACCCGGCUCCGGAAGCCCCGCUUUUCCUAUGAGGAGAAUCAGAUCCUGAUCCGGGAAGUGCGCUCUCAUUACUCCAUGUUGUACGGAGCCCAGGCUCGCCGGCUGAGCGUGGCCGAGAGACGCCGAGUGUGGGAGGGCAUCGCAGACAAAAUAAACGCCAUCACCAACUGGAAACGCACCGCUCAGGAAGUUCAGAAACGGUGGAAUGAUUUCAAGAGGCGGACCAAAGAGAAGUUGGCGCGGGUUCCUCACUCCACCCAGAACGGCACCGCGGAGGAGGUCCUUACAGCAGAAGAAGAGACGAUAUUCGCCAUCCUGGGUCCGGGCGUGGUACCCGCCGGGCACGAGGUCUAUAUUCCACACUCUGUGGACUUACAUCUACCAGGUCCGGCUUCUUCUAGUACAGAAAAUUCCCUGAGUGGCCCCUGCUACCCGCCGGACCCUCCACUUCUUCUUCAGCCUAAGCAGUCUUUAUCCCCGACACCUCAGAUUCACGUUGUGCAGUUACCCCAGCUAAUUCCUUCACCGGGCCCAUCUGAGGGGGCUUCUCCAGCACCGAUGCCUCCGGGGUCCUCUUCACCUCUGCUUUCUCCGGGGGCUGUCAGUCAGCACUAUGACCCUACAGUAGCCAUGCUACGAGCCCAGCAGGAAACGGCAGAGGCAAUUCGACAUCUGACCUACACACUACGGCAGAGCAUGGACCGUUUGACCAAUGUCCUGGCAGCCAUCUUACCUCUUAUACCUCCUCAGCCUCCAUCACCUGCUCCAUCCGGCCUGAUUGACCCCGUAUAUUAUCCUACAAAGACUGAACCAGAAUCUGAACCUUGUUCUGUGAAUUAUGAGUUGGAGGGAAAUCACAAUGGCCAGGAAGAGGAAAGUGGUCAGCAGAAUGUUGUUGUAGAAGAACAGCCGAGCCCUCCGACCGCCCCUCCUCCCAACAAGAGGAAGAGAUUCUCCUACUUGACUCCUCGUAAACGCCGAGGCCGCUGGAAAAACCUGUAAAUGAAUGGACUCCUUCUUCUAUAGGUGGCUGAGAUGGGGCUCCCAGGAUUUCAUUCUUUCUUCUGGUCUCUCCCGCCAUGGAGGUCACAACUAAAGAAGACCUCCGGCUCCUGCUGUACAAUUUCAUGACUUUUAUUUUAUCUGAAAUCUUUUUGUGUUUUCCCAACUGUAAAUGAUGAAAUUGCUUUUUAAUCUCCGCAAACUGCUGCUGAAGAUCAAAUUGUCAUUGGUGUCGGGGGUUGGGACCAUGGAAGCUCUGCAGUAGACCGGAUGGGGGGCGGGGGUGCCGGCCUCAUAAUUGCCACACACACACAGAUGUUUUCUAAGUCUUUAGGGGAUGACCUGCAUCUCCACUUCAUCCAUAGAUAACCCACACAGAAGUGCUUGGAUCAGAUGUAAGAAUACAACUUACCAAAUUCAACCGUACCUCUUCCUGUAUGAGAUGUGGGGGAGGCUCUGGCGCCCUCUGAUGGACUCUUCCUGUGUGGGGGGAGAUUUGUGUGAGGCUCUGGCGCCCUCUGAUAGACUUUUCCUGUGUGGGGGGAGAUUUGUCUGAGGCUCUGGCGCCCUCUGAUGGACUCUUCCUGUGUGGGGGGAGAUUUGUCUGAGGCUCUGGCGCCCUCUGAUGGACUCUUCCUGUGUGGGGAGAGUUUGUCUGAGGCUCUGGCACCCUCUGAUGGGCUCUUCUUGUGUGGGGGGAGAUUUGUCUGAGGCUCUGGCGCCCUCUGAUGGACUCUUCCUGUGUGGGGAGAGUUUGUCUGAGGCUCUGGCGCCCUCUGAUGGACUCUUCCUGUGUGGGGGGAGAUUUCUCUGAGGCUCUGGCGCCCUCUGAUGGACUCUUCUUGUGUGGGGGGAGAUUUGUCUGAGGCUCUGGCACCCUCUGAUGGACUCUUCUUGUGUGGGGGGAGAUUGGUCUGAGGCUCUGGCGCCCUCUGAUGGACUCUUCCUGUGUGGGGAGAGUUUGUCUGAGGCUCUGGCGCCCUCUGAUGGACUCUUCCCUUGUGGGGGGAGAUUUGUGUGAGGCUCUGGCGCCCUCUGAUGGACUCUUCCUGUGUGGGGAGAGUUUGUCUGAGGCUCUGGCGCCCUCUGAUGGACUCUUCUUGUGUGGGGGGAGAUUUGUCUGAGGCUCUGGCACCCUCUGAUGGACUCUUCCUGUGUGGGGGGAGAUUUGUCUGAGGCUCUGGCACCCUCUGAUGGACUCUUCUUGUGUGGGGGGAGAUUUGUCUGAGGCUCUGGCGCCCUCUGAUGGACUCUUCCUGUGAGGGGAGAGUUUGUCUGAGGCUCUGGCGCCCUCUGAUGGACUCUUCUUGUGUGGGGGGAGAUUUGUCUGAGGCUCUGGCGCCCUCUGAUGGACUCUUCCUGUGUGGGGAGAGUUUGUCUGAGGCUCUGGCGCCCUCUGAUGGACUCUUCUUGUGUGGGGGGAGAUUUGUCUGAGGCUCUGGCGCCCUCUGAUGGACUCUUCCUGUGUGGGGAGAGUUUGUCUGAGGCUCUGGCGCCCUCUGAUGGACUCUUCCUGUGUGGGGAGAGUUUGUCUGAGGCUCUGGCACCCUCUGAUGGACUCUUCCUGUGUGGGGAGAGUUUGUCUGAGGCUCUGGCGCCCUCUGAUGGACUCUUCCUGUGUGGGGAGAGUUUGUCUGAGGCUCUGGCGCCCUCUGAUGGACUCUUCCUGUGUGGGGAGAGUUUGUCUGAGGCUCUGGCACCCUCUGAUGGACUCUUCCUGUGUGGGGAGAGUUUGUCUGAGGCUCUGGCGCCCUCUGAUGGACUCUUCCUGUGUGGGGAGAGUUUGUCUGAGGCUCUGGCGCCCUCUGAUGGACUCUUCCUGUGAGGGGGAAGUUUUCAUGAGGCUCAGAUUUCUCUUCUUUUACUAUGCGUAUAUGUGUUUUUUUUUUUUUUAAUCCCAUCCUUUUCUGUAUGCUGCUCUGGCCAUCUCUUCAUCUCUAUUCUCCUUUAUCUCUAGAUCUAAAUAGCCAAGAAAGCAAUAUAUCUGUAUAUAAAAAGCUUACCCACUGUAGAUAGCAACAGCUUCCUUGUCCUGUUAAUUAGCCAGAUAGCAAUUAACGCGGGAGCAUUAAUGAUGGAUGUAAAUAAGUACAUAUUAAAGAUUCUGAUUUUU